AUGGAGAAUGACGAGAAACAACUGGAGGAGCAAAAGGAAAAAUUGCAAUUGGAGAAAAGAGAAAUCAACGAGACAAUGAUUAAAACGGAUAAAGGUUUCCAAGAACUACAGACGGAGAAGGAAACGCUGCUGCAGCAGAUCUUCAACUUGGAGGAGGAAAAAAAUAAGAUUAUAGAAACAUCAGAAAGAGAUAUGGAAGAAACUAAACGGGAGAAUGAGAAGGAGAGAACUGCUUUGAUGGAGCAGAAAACAAGAUUGGACCUCGAGAAAGAUGAACUUGUGAAAUCAAAUAAAAAACAUGAGGGAGAAAUAGAAACGCUGCAAUCAUCGAAGUGGAACUUGGACGGGCAAAGGGAAGACCUGGAAUCCAGUUUCCAAGAACUGGAUUCCAUUUAUUUGGUGAACCUGGACUCUGAUGAAGAUUUAAAUCUGGGAUUCAAAUUGGAAUUCUCUGAUUCUGGAAUUGAAACGGAAAUGGAGCAAAACAAGGAAAAGAGGCUUCAGCAAGAAGGAAAAACUAUAGAGGGAGAUAAGAAAUCAAUAAAAGAGGACGGGAAACAAUUGGAACUAGAAGCAACAAAAGUCUUGAAAACAGAACUGGAGGAAAUCCGUGAAGAACUAGAGGGAAAGAAAAAGAAGCUGCAGCAGCAGGAAAAACAUCAAUUACUGGAAGAGACAAAAAGAGAUAUUGAACAAAUUAAACAGGAGAAUGACGAAGGGAAAAUGGAUUUGAUGGAGCAGAAAACAAGAUUGGACCUGGAGAAAGAUGAACUUGUGAAAUCAAAUAAAAAACAUGAGAGAGAAAUAGAAACACUGCAAUCAUCAAAGUGGAACUUGGACGUGCAAAGGGAAGACCAGGAAUCCAGUUUCCAAGAACUGGAUCUGGAGAAAAGUGAGUUGGACUUUAUUGAGGGAGAAAUUGAAGAAAAUUAUAAGAAAACUAAGUCACAGAAAAAGAAGCUGAAGAAACAGGUGUCAUUUAAGACCCCACUUGAAGAGGUUAGGUACUUCUCCUCUUACGAUCCCCCCAUUGACGUUCAAAACAAGAAUCCAAGCUGCAAUCCACCAAAUGACAGAGAACACAUUUAUUUGAUGGACCAAGACAAUCUGGACUGGGAUUCAGAUUUCAAUCCGGACUUCGAAUUGGAAUUGUUUAAUUGUGGAAUUGAAACGGAAAUGGAGCAAAACGAGGAAAAGAGGCUUCAGCAAGAAGGAAAAACUAUAGAGGGAGAUAAGAAAUCAAUAAAAGAGGACGGGAAACAAUUGGAAAUAGAAGCAACAAAAGUCUUGAAAACAGAAAUGGAGGAAAUCCGUGAAGAACUAGAGGGAAAGAUAAAGAAGCUGCAGCAGCAAUUCACCGACUGGGAGGAAAAACAUCAACUAGAAGAGACAAAAAGAGAUAUAGAACAAAUUAAACGGGAGAAUGACCAAGAGAAAAUGGAUUUGAUGCAGCUGAUAACAAGAUUGGACUUCGAGAAAGAUGAACUUGUGAAAUCAAAUAAAAAACAUCAGAGAGAAAUAGAAAUGCAAACAGAACAGAGAAUCAGUGAGAUGAAGAUUCAAAUGGAGGAAGGUCUUCAAGAAUUCCAGAGAGAGAAGACGGAGAUGCUGCAGCAGAUCUUCAAUUUAGAGAAGAAAAUGAAACAAUCUGAAGAAGAAAACAAAACCUUGGAGACGGAGAAAUCUCUAAGAGAACAAUCCAAUCUAAUAUUGGAGGUAUUCUCGAAACAAUUAACAUUAAUAAAGAAUAGUCUGGAUUAUAACAGGAAACAGCUGGAAGAGGAGAGGGAGACAUUGCAACAGGAGAAAAGACAAAUGAAUGAGAUGAAGAUUGAAAUGAAGGAAGGCUUUCGACACCUCCAGACGGAGGAGGAAAUGCUGCUGCAGCAGCAUGGAAAACUGGAGGAAAACAUCAAAUAUUUUACAUUAAUAAAGAAUAGUCUGGAUGAUGACAGGAAACAGCUGGAAGAGGAGAGGGAGAAACUGGAACAGGAGAAAAGACAAAUGAAUGAGAUGAAGAUUCAAAAUGAGAAAACUCUUCAACUGCAGGCAAGAAAAGUGGAGGAUGACAAGAAAACUCUGGAAAAGGAGAGGGAGACAUUAGAGCUGGAGAAAAGACAAAUGAAUGAGACAAAGAUUGAAAUGGAUAAAGGUCUCCAAGAACUACAGACGGAGAAGGAAAUGCUGCUGCAGCAGAUGUUUUACUUGGAGGAGGAAAAAGUUGAGAUAAUAGAAACAUCCGAAAGGGAUAUGGAAGAAAGUAAACGGGAGAAUGAGAAGGAGAGAACGGCUUUGAUGGAGCAGAAAACAAGAUUGGACCUGGAGAAAGAUGCACUUGUGAAAUCAAAUAAAAAGCAUCAGAGAGAAAUAGAAGUAGACCUUAAACACCUCCGGACAGAGAAGGAAACGCUGAUGCAGCAAUCCUUACAAUUAAAGGAGGAAAAGAAACUUGUGGAAGAUGAGAAGAAAACUUUGGAGAUGGAGAAAUCUCUAAGGGAACAAUCAAAUCUAAAAUUGGAGGAAUUAACAAAUCAAUUAACAUUGGUAAAGAAUAGACUGCCGCCACAGAUGAAAAAACUGAGGGAUGACAAGGAAAAACUGGAAAAAGACAGGGAGACAUUGGAACAGGAGAAAAGAGAAAUCAACGAGACAAAGAUUAAAAUGGAUAAUGGUCUCCAAGAACUAAAGAGAGAGAAGGAAGAGAUGCUGCAGCAGAUCUUCAAUUUAGAGAAGAAAAUGAAACAAUUGGAAGAAGAAAACAAAACCUUGGAGAUGGAGAAAUCUCUAAGAGAACAAUCAAAUCUAGAAUUGGAGGAAUUAACGAAACAAUUAACAUUGGUAAAGAAUAGACUGCCGACAAAGAUGAAAAAACUGAGGGAUGACAGGGAAAAACUGGAAAAAGACAGGGAAACAUUGGAACAGGAGAAAAGAGAAAUCAACGAGACUAUGAUUAAAAUGGAUAAAGGUCUCCAAGAACUACAGACAGAGAAGGAAAUGCUGCUGCAGCAGAUCUUCAACUUGGAGGAGGAAAAAGUUGAGAUAAGAGAAAAAUCCGAAAGGGAUAUGGAAGAAACUAAACGGGAGAAUGAGAAGGAGAGAACGGCUUUGAUGGAGCAGAAAACAAGAUUGGACCUGGAGAAAGAUGAACUUGUGAAAUCAAAUAAGAAACAUCAGAGAGAAAUAGAAAUGCAAACAGAACAGAGAAUCAGUGAGAUGAAGAUUAAAAUGGAUAAAGGUCUUCAAGAAUUCCAGAGAGAGAAAACAGAGAUGCUGCAGCAGAUCUUCAAUUUGGAGAAGAAAAUGAAACAAUUGGAAGAAGAAAACAAAACCCUGGAGAUGGAGAAAUCUCUAAGAGAACAAUCCAAUCUAAAACUAUUAACAUUAGUAAAGAAAAGACUGCAGCCACAGAUUAAAAAACUGAGGGAUGACAGGGAAAAAGACAGGAAGAAAUUGGAACAAGAGAAAAGACAAAUGAAUGAGAUGAAGAUUGAAAUUCAAGACCUCCAGACAGAGAAGGAAACGCUGAUGCAGGAAUCCUUACAUUUAAAGGAGGAAAUGAAACGUGUGGAAGAUGAGAAGAAAACCUUGGAGAUGGAGAAAUCUCUAAGAGAACAAUCCAAUCUAAAAUUGGAGGAAUUCCCGAAACAAUUAAAAUUAAUAAACAAUAGUCUGAAGCCACAGAUGAAAAAACUGAGGGAUGACAAGGAACGACUGGAAAAUCAGAUGGAGACAUUAGACCAAGAGGAAAGACAAAUGAACGAGGUGCAGAUUGAAAGGAUGGAAGCGCUUCAACGCCUCCAGACGAAGGAGGAGACGCUGCUGCAGCACGUCAACCGUCAAAAAGCAGUUUUGGAAGAGAAGAAGCUGCGAGUUAAGAACGAGAUGGAUGAAUGGCUGGAGAGGAAGCUGGACUUGAAGAAGGGGAAAAAUCUUAUCAGUGAAAUUAACGAAUGCUUGGAGAACAAACAAACAGAACUCCAAGAGCUUCCUGCAAAGAAGAAAAAGAGGGGAUUCUUCUCAAGGAUGUUCAAGAGAAGAGUAUCAGACCAGUAG